AUUGCAGUGACCUCGGGAGCCGGCGUGCCGCCCAGGCAGCCCGCAGACGCACCGCAACCCUGCAAGCGCUCAAUCUCAGGCCCGUCACCAGCGUAGCCGCUCAGCGUCCAUAGAUGCCCAGCUCAUUAAAUCUCGCCCUGGCCGGCGCUUUCCCGCGAGUCCUCAAUGUCGGCAUUCCUUUCUUUCGCCUCCUCUGCGCCCUCUCAAGCCCUCCUAGAGGUUGCCCUAUUCCAUAUACUCCCUGGCUCUCGUUGAUCGAGGCAUUCCAGUCUUUUACCGGCCUUCUCCUUGCUGAUACCCCUUGUUUAUCGCUUUCUCCAUCUUCGACAACGACGCCGGGCGUCUCUUAUUUCCAGGCCCCUCGGCUUGCAAUAUCCACACAUCGCAAAAAUGGCGGACCAGACCAUUCUUCUCCCCGCGACAACAUACCAGCCUCCCGCGUCUGCGCCGGUUCGGAGGCACGGGAUGGCCCUUAAUACGAUAAUGGAAGAGGACUCACAGCGACCCAACGCCGGCUUAAAACUGACCAGUCUGCCGGCUCGGCCCAGCUUCGCCACCCAGUCCUCGCAAGAAAAGAUUGCCCAGUGGCUCUCACCGCAGAGCGACCACUUCCCUACGCCCAGGGGCUUCCACUUCAUGUCGGCUCCGAUCCUGCCUGAGUCACCGUCGACUGCGUCCGCAGACGAGGAGAGCAACUCUCCGUCUGUUUCCUUCUCCUCCAACCCAUGGAACCGGAUGAGCUCGAGCACCGUGGUCACUGAAUUCGAUGACAUCUACGACGUGUCGGACGACGAGGAUGCGAGGAGAUCAUCGAGGAGGAGCGGCUCGCUCAAGCGCUUCAACAGCAGCCGUUCUGUGAAGCGAACCCUGACUCCGCUCACUAUCCCAGAGGAGCGCGAGAGCGCCAUCAUCGAGGGCUGGGCUGAGGCGCAUGACUUCAAGAAGCUCACAUCCCCUGUGCCCGUCACCCCCUCAAACAAGGUCGAGAUGUCUCCGGCGGUCAAGUCCUUCAUGCAGGCCCAGCAGAUCUACGAUGUGCCGACUAUAUCGGCGCCUCCGUCGCUCGAUGGCAGCCUGAGCUCUGAGCAGAUGGCUACCAUGUCCGCCCCUCCGACACCAGUCAUCGGUGCUGAAGACGAUCCACCCACGGCAGACUGGUCUGGAGUUCACCUGCAGCCUGGUGCUCUGGAGACACUCCACGCCCUAUCUGCUGGAGAUGACGAGAUCGAAUACCAGCCUGAGCAGGUCAUUGAGGUUCCCGAGGAGAGGAUGCCCGAGAUGUCGCAGCAAACCCCACGAGCCAUUACUUCGCUCCUGAGACCGGCGCUCCGACUCUCGACAGGUUCUCGCGAAGAACAGCAGCGGAGCCUUCAGCCCAGCUUCUCGGGACUCAGUGCUCUGGAUAUUCCCUCCCCGGGAGGAUUCUUCUCUGACCUAUCACCACGUUCGCGUACCACAUGGCACACAAGCAGCACAGGCAAUGACGACGAUAUCGCGCCGCCUACUUCCACCACAGCGGAGCAAUUCUACCGAUGUCCUUGGGCGGAGCCUGCACCGCCUGUGCCUGCGGUCCAGCAAGUCCGUAUGGCGAUCCCGCCGCCACCUCCUCGGCCUGCGAACAUCACUAUUCCGCUGCCACCGCCACCACCGUUGCCAGUGACAACGGAACAGCUCGUCGAGGCGAGAUCGACCAUGUCUGAUGGGAUGCCUACUGGCAGACCUGUUAUCCUGGAGCAGGUUGUCGAGGCUCGGGACAUGAACCUCGAAGAACCCAUCACCGCUCGCCGUAUCCCGGAGUGGAUUGAAGCCUCAGUUUCGUCCGAGACCCUGGUCGAGCCUGCGUCUGAAGACAUCACUGAGAUCGUUACCACAUACGAUCCGCAGUACACCAAGAAGCUGCAGGAUGAGGCGCUCUCUAACCUCGACCGCACCGAGCUGUGGCUCAUGGCACAGAAGUCUUACCUCAAGGGUGUUCAGCCUUCCGAGGAGACUGAUGAGGAACUUGUGAGCAGCAGUAGCAAGAAUGCCGACAUCGCCAAGGUCGAGGAGGCUCCCGAACCCGAGCCGUUCCUUGCACUUGCCGAGACUACUGCGAAGAAGACCGUCCGCUUCUCCGAGGUUCCCAAGCCAGGCAACUUCCCACGCAGCCUCCCAAGCCGCCUCUCCCGUCAGGAGUCCGCUUACUAUCGUGCAUUCCAGGACUACCUGAUCCGCACGCGCGGGCAGGACGCUUUUGUCCACCGCCAGCCGCGCUUCGAGGCUUUGCAGGCACAGCGUGUGAGCCUUCGUGAUGCACAUCGAAACCAGCUGCUCGGCAAAUUCCAGCUGUCGGUGGUACCACAGUCCGCCAAGAAGCGCAUGAGCGCCAACGUCGUCCGCGGAGACGAUGUCCUCGUCGACGACUUUGAGAAGCUCAAGCGCGAGAAGGAGGCCGAGGCCAUGACUCAGACCGCGAUCUCAACUUGGCAUGUCGCUGCCACCAAGGCGCUCAACGGCGGCAAGCUUUUCUCCGCGCCCAUCGCCAAACGCCUCGCCCGGCUCUCGCGCAUGGGAUCCGUGGCAUCCACGCGCGCCCGCAUUCUCGACCUCGGCGGUCAGAUCACCUGCGACUGGGCGUGGCAUUGCGCCUUUACCUACCCCAACGCAAAGGUGUACACAGUCACGACCAAGAAGAUUAGGCAGGUCAGCAAUAGCAAUAUCCGUGGUCCGCCAAACCACCGCCAAGUGGCCGUCGAGCGCCUCACGAAGCUGCCUUUCCCGGACGCGCACUUUGACCUCGUUUCCGCGCGCGAGCUCCAAUCCGUCCUCAAGUCUGUUGGCGAGAAUGGCGGCCAGGACGAGUGGGACGCCUGCCUGGCCGAGUGCUACCGCGUACUCAAGCCGGGAGGUUACCUCGACUUCAGCGUCAUGGACUCCGACAUUGUCAACGCUGGGCCGCUUGGUCUCGCACGGUCCGUCGAGUUCGGCUUCGCCCUGCGCACAAUGGGCUACGAGCCCAACCCGACCAAGACAUUCCUCAGCAAGGUCGCGGGAGCCGGAUUCGCGGACACCAAGCGUGCGUGGGUUUGUCUGCCCAUGGGUGCGGCGCCCAAGUCCGCAGCCCAAAGGGAGCUCAUUGUACGCGACUCGACCACGGGCGUCGAGCUCAGUCUGGAGCUCGAGGCGCUCGUGCAGGGCAGCACUGAGGCCGCUGCGGGUGUGAGCGGGCUCGCGGGCAGCCUCGUCUGGGAGCGCUGGCUGCUGCGCUGCGAGAUGGAAAAGGUUGUGUGCGAGGGACGACUCAAUGCCGCCAUCGUCCCGGAGCAGGAGAUCCGCGAGGCAGGCGCUGCAGCAUUGCAGGGCGUGCACGGCAUCGUGGAAGAAGGGCGCCGAUGUGGUGCCGGGUGGAGGGUGCUGAACGGCUUCGCGAGGAAGCCCAGGGGCGAGGAAGGCGUUUUGGAGAUCAGGCUUGAUGCCUAAGAGGAUCUCAUCCACUGAGGAGCUCGUCACGGGCUCGUUGGUCUUUCUUUUGUUAUCGUUGUGCGUGGUCGUGUCUUUUUUCAUCACCGGGCUCGCUGCUUGACUUGGCCGCGGCCCCUUCUCUGCUGGUUCUCAUUUCUCAUACACGUAUAUAACUUUGUAUACCUUGGUGGGUGGCAUGUACGGCUGGACGGAUGCAGGGGAAAACGGUACAAUGGAUCAUGUUCAUAAAUGGGAUAAAUGGUAUUCAUACAUCAAACAUAUGAAGCGCGA